UUUGCUGGCCAGCCUCCUCAGCCCUACCUCACAUAUCAAGUAUCUACACCCCCACCCAUCGUAAUGCCCGCACCAGCCAAGAGCGGUCAGGCGCUCUUCCUCGGGCUCGAACUCGCUACAGACCAGUUGCGUGCGUCCAUAGUGGACGAGAACUUAGAGUUGGUCGGCGUAGAGGCGGUUGAUUUCGAUGUAGAGUUACCGGAGUACCAGACUCAGGGUGGGAUAUUUACGACGCCCGGCGAUGCCUAUACCACACCUGUGGAUAUGUGGGUCAAGGCCCUAGACUUUUUACUCGAGAAAGUGAGCAGGAAUUACGAAGUCGGUCGCAUCAAGUCAAUAGGCGGGGCUGCUCAGACUGCCUUAGUUUGGUGGAAAUCGGCCCCAAUACCGUCUUUCCCGCCAUUGAACUCGCGGCUUCCUCUCCAUUCACAACUAUCCCCUAGUGCAUUUUCUCUACCUAAUACUCCUGUCGCCCAAGACACUUUUUCACACUCACAUGCGUUGAACCUUGAAGCAGCGCUUGGCGGGCCGGACCAUAUGGCGGCUCGUGUAGGGACCAGCGCACACGCGUCGCUUGUUGCCGCACAACUGCUUCGUGUGCGCGAGACAUCGCCGGAGGUAUGGGCACGUACGGGACGGGUCCAGGCGGCCUCUGCUUUCCUUGCCAGCUUGAUCACAGGCUCCUGGGUCGGCAUGAGCGAAGCGGAAGCUUGCGGGACCGGCAUGUGGCGGUAUGCCAUGGGCGGACAGGGCCAGUGGGACGAUGAGGUCCUUGAGUACAUUGCAGGCGGAGGCAGAGAUGAGGGGCUUCGCCUCCGCAGCUGGCUCGGAGACGUCGACACUUCGGGCGGUGGCCGCCGUAUUGCGAAUAUCUCCAGGUACCUCGCUGAGCGAUACGGGUUUGAGCCUGACACGAUGGUUGCUUCAUUCACGUCAGACUAUUUGUCGACCUAUCUUUCUCUUUGCCCUUCACCCUCGGAUGCCGUGCUCUCAUUUGGCCCUAUGGAUUUCUUGCUUACAAGUGCACCGCACUAUCUCCCCACGCGCCUUUACAGCGUAUACCCACACCCUGCACAGGACCCGAGCGAAAAACGGAAAUAUAUUGCUCAGACAUCGCACAGAAACGCAGACGUUCCCCGGGCGCUCGUACGUGAUAUGUAUACCAAAAGUUGGAGUGCUUUUGACCGCUUGGUCUCGGUUGUACCUCCGGGAGGUUCCAUUGGUCUCGAUGACAAGCUGUUCAGCUUCUGGCUCCUUCAAGGAGACAGCUAUCCCCUGUCCCACGUCAAAGGCAUCUUCCGUUUCGAGACAGGCAUCAAGGUCAACGAAUUCCGCGAUCUGCGCGCCAACCCUCGCUGCCUUGUUGAAAGUCAGGUGCUUUCCUUCCGUGUUCGGUGGUCAAGAAUGGUCGCGACCGGUGUCCUUGGAGCUGCUGCUGGCCGCUCUCGAGGCAGCAAUUUCAUGGCUGCCGCGGCCACGGCUACGGCGAUCGGCCUUUCGUUCGACCCAUACGAUUAUCAAACACUUCCAGGACGGAUUCUCACCACAGGCGCCGCCAUCAACUUCCCUUCUGUCGCAGCUCUGGUGGGCGAUGUCUUCAACGCGCCGGUGUUCAUCCCGACGACCCAGCUGGACUCUGCGCAGGUAGUCCCGCAUCGCAACGCUCCGGCUGCUGGCUUCCCGGGCCGUGCUGCGUUAGGAGGCGCAUACGUUGCUCGGUGGGUAUGGGGAAAGGAGAGGGGUGCCGGCACAGGGAGAGGCAGCUUCGAAGAGGAGGUGAGGCGGCUCAUGGGCAAGAGAUGGGUUGCAAGCGGUGGUGUGCCUCUGAGGACGAGCGUAAAUGCUCCCGUAGUUGGCCCCGCCCCUGCCGCGGGCACCGCAGGCUCGGGUACAAGCACGCCCUACGGACAUGGUCAUGCCCUGCGAGCGGGAUUCGGAUCUACGGUGUUUGCGGAAGAAGAUGAAGACGCGCUCGAGGAGCUUGAGAGGAUGGGCAUGGCGGAGGGCGCCAUCUUCGGGGUGCAGGGAGGACAGUUUGACGAGGCGGGCAGGACGAGGACAAUCACGGGGAGCACGAACACGACCGCGACGAGCAGCACCGGUUCGGUCCAGCAGCCCUCUACAGCGUUUACCACGCCCGAUCUCGGCACGACUGUCCCUGGCACCCCGGGCGAAAACGGGUCGGCUCCUGCGGCUCCAACGGGGGCAACCGUACUGGCCCCCGUAGUGGCGCUGCCGACGAGUGAGGCGGAGAUGCAGCUGGGGUUGGGCAAGGUCGCCGAGGCGGAUGUGGACGCGUUCAUGGGCUACGCAGCCAUCGUGCCAGAGUACUGCCGCCUUGAGGGAAUGCUAGUCAAGGCGCUCGUGUGAGCGGGAUAGUUUGUGUCCUCGACUCUGCCUCUGUCGAUCUCAGUCUGUGGUUUGCUUUGCGGUGCGCUGGAUCUUAGUUUGUCUCUUUCUCUCGUCUAUUGCGUUGCAGCAUUAUCUUGCACUCGAUAUUUAUGGAUUUGCUCUCGAAAAGCAAUAAAAGGUGAAGGGUUUGCGGAGGAUAAAAAAUGUGGUCGGAUGUCAUGCCAUGUAUCUGUACCAUAUGCCAUAUAGUAGGGGUCGUGAUGGUAGGGUCCAUCUCAGGUUUCUUGCACGGUAUGUUACUGUGAUAUACAAUGCGCAUGUGGAUACC